UGUCAACGGUCAAUGUCAAAUAGACAUUUUUGUAGCUUUUGAAGCAAAUGACCUUACGAAAAAACUAAAGUUUUGUGUUUAAUUGUUUUGUACGCAAAAGUAUUUCUUAUUUUCAUAUUAGUUUCAAUUAAGUUGUCAAAAUUUCACAUCGCCCGUAUUUGUUGGCGAAUAUGGAUGAUUAUCUAAGUGACGGCGACGCCGAAAGUGAUGGGGAGGGCGAGGAGGAGCUGAACGAGCACAGCAGCGAGGGCGAAAGCAGCGAGGAUAUGACGCAGCAAGGGGCCGCCGAAGAAGAACAGCACUUCGAUAAAUCUCUGGCUGCGUCACACUCAUACAUGGGUGGCGGGCUGGUGGCGCUACGCGGGCGCUCGGUGCUGGAGCCGGGCUGGCGCGGCCAGCUGCUUGUGGCGGCGCACUCGGGCGCCGUGUUCCCCGGCGAGACCGUGCCCAUGCUGCUGCCCGACCACGAGGACGCCACCCUUCUCAUAGCGGUCAUUCACCAAAAUAAACUAUUUGGCCUGCUGUGUCCCGACGAGACGGGCAGCAUGGUGUCGGGGUACGGCGUGGUGUGCGAGGUGUACGAGGCGGGGUCUGCGGGCGCGGGCCCGGCGCGGGGCAACACUGCGCUGUCCUGCAAGGCUCGAGCGCGCCACCGCUUCCGCCUCCUCGACAUGCCCAAACACCCCAUGCCCAUGCACUCCUACACCAGGAUGCGGUUCGCGGAGGUGCGCAUUUUGCCGGAGCUGCAGCCCGCGGAUCCGCUGCGAUUUGCGCGCCUCGCCAGCCUCGAUAGUCUGCGCACGCCGCGGCCCGCCCCGGCCUCCGCCCCCGCGCUUGCCCCCGGCCACGCCCCCGACUAUGCCCCCGGCGACUCCGGCCCCGGCCCCCGAGACUCGUCCGUGGAGCGACGCGUGCGCGACAUGGACGCGGCGCUGACGCCUUGGCCGCGCUUCGUGUACGAGCUGCUGGACUACCGGCGAGUGCGCGACAAGCUGAUCAACUACUUCAGCACCUUCGACCUCGGCCGGCUGCCGGAGGAGGCGGUGGCGCUCUCCUUCUGGGUGACCUCCAACCUGACGCUGUCGGCGCGCGACCGCCUCGCGCUGUUCGCGGUGGACGACGCGCUGCUGCGUCUGCACAUGGAGCUGCGCUUCAUCGCCAGGAAGAGCGCGCUGUGCUGUGCGGCGUGCGGCGCGGAGAUAGCGCGGCGCGAGGACGCGCUGCCUAUGUCCAGCGAGGGCGUGCACUCCAACUACACCAACUCAGGCGGCUACAUGCACGACAUCGUGACGGUGUCGCGCGCGGGCGGCGUGCAGCCGAGCGGGCGGCGCUCCGCGGAGUUCUCCUGGUUCCCGGGCUACGCGUGGACCAUCCUCGUGUGCGCCGCGUGCAGCGCGCACCUCGGCUGGCGGUUCGACGCGCUGAGCCGCAGUCUGCGCCCGCAGCGGUUCUUCGGCCUGUGUCGCAACUACGUACAGCCGCGCGCCGACGCCGAGCCCGACCGACUGUGAGCCCCGCGCCCACCCGCGCCU